UAUCUUUGAUUAUGCGUCCUGCAACGGUCCACACAGACACACGGUAAUCGGUUAAACAAAUAAACAGUUUCCAUUAUCUCGAAACCAAUUUGACUUUCAGUCGACUUUGAGCCAAAAGACGCACCAGAUUCGUCCAGGAAAGGUGUGACAGUUUCAGGAAUCAAACGAGUCUUUUAAAAUUGACCGUAAGAUGGCAACUCCCGCCGGUGAUAACGACUCAAUUCAAAACGGAAGUGCGCUAAAAAGGAUUCAUUUCCAAGAAGAGGGUCAUCGAAGCGGUUACAUUCCACGAGGAAUUAUUCCCGUCGAUGACAUUGGAAAUGUUGAACCAGCUGGUUACGCUCCUGGAGAAAAGGAAUUGCGAUGCAAAUUGGCCGCGCUUUACAGAUUAGUGGAUCACCUAGGGUGGUCCCAGUCGGUGUUUAACCACAUUACUGUUAAAGUGAGCGAAGAUGACCAUCAUUUUCUCCUGAAUCCAUUUGGAUUGCUCUACCAUGAAAUCACCGCCUCGUCACUAAUCAAAGUGGACGUCCAGGGCAACAUGAUUGACAAAGGAUCCACCUAUUUCGGUGUGAACAUUCCUGGUUUUGUUCUACACUCGGCCGUUCAUUCGGCACGUCCGGACGCCAAAUGUGUGAUUCACAUUCAUCACGCAUCCUGCAUUGCUGUGGCUUCGAUGAAAUGCGGCUUUCUCCCGGUCAGUCAGGAGGCUGUACUCGUCGGCAACGUGAGCUACCACGAUUUUUAUGGCGUUCUGGUCGACAGAGCCGAGCGCGAAACCAUCAUUAAAAAUUUGGGCAACAAUCAUAUUAUGUUUUUGCGUAAUCACGGCUUAGUUGUCGCCGGCCGCACGGUGGAGGAAGCUUUUACCCGUGCCUACCACACGGUGCUGGCGUGUGAAGCCCAAGUCACGAUGAUGUCCGCCGGUCUGGAGAACCUGAUCAUCGUUUCCGAAGAGGCCAAGCAGCGUUCCAUGGAAGUUGUUCGUCGCGCUCAAGAAAUGAUCGAAGAUGGCGCCCUGAAAGAAAAAGCCGGCCAGCAGCAACCAUCAGCAGCAGGAGACGUUGAUACUAAAGAGAAGAAGGCGCCUCAAGUCAGGUGGAACCUCGGCGACCUCGAAUUCGAAGCGUACAUGCGGAUGAUGGACAAUGCCGGAUAUCGAACGGGAUACCCGUACCGUCUUCCAUCGUUCAAGAGACCGACAGAAAAUUAAAUACUCUU